AUGGCCAGUCAGCGCGACUGGGACGUUCAGCUUCCUGGUAUCUUGCUGGCCUAUCGCACAACACCACAGUCCAGCACUGGUUACACACCGGCUUACCUGCUGUUCGGUCGUGAAGUAUGCCUUCCGCAGGGUGUCGCGUAUGGCUUGCCUUGUGAUGACUCGGCGCCCACUGAAGCCGCUUACGUUCGCACUCUCCGCCAGAGACUGCAACAUGCGCAUACCGUUGUCCGCAAACGGCUUGCAAAUGUCCAUCGCCACCAGGCACGGUUGCACGAUGCUGGUAUUUCGGCAGUCCGCUAUGAGGUGGACGACUUGGUAUGGUUACUGGUGCCCGCUGUGCCGGUUGGCACGACACCAAAGCUCGCUCGACCAUGGAAAGGCCCAUUCCGUGUGGUGGACAAAUUGUCCGAGGUUGUGUACCGCAUUGCUGACACGCGUCCGCCUGGCAAACGGCAGGUGGUACAUGCCAACCGCCUCAAGCGAUGCCAUGUCCGACCAGAACGCCUCGUCGUGAUACCGGAAGUGCUCGCAGAGCCACCCCCGCUGGACCCUCCGGUUUCCACCUACGCUGCGACGCUACCGACCGGCUCUAUCUCGAGGACGUCGACGACAGCCUGGAGUCGUUCCCAGACCCUGUGCUUGCUGUUCCUCCGCCUGCACGUGUGCAACUUCUAG